GUUUUUUUUAUCCUCUCAAAUUUCUGAUUUCUGGCGCCAAUCAAAUUAACCUCUCUUUAAUAAUCAUUGCCGAAAUCUGGUUACAGAAUUUCCCAUGUUUAUUAGAAGAAUUUCUCCCCCUUUUUCCUUUCUGUGUUAAAAAUCAAGCGAUUUUUUUUGGGGACGAUUCAAAUGAUGAGGGCGUCUUCCAUGGAAGCGGCUCUGCCGAAACCCAACCUCCUCAGCAAUAUCUUCAUCCGCCUCCUUUCCUUCGGAGUCCUCGUCCUCCUGGCUCGCUCCGCUUACGUAAUCACCGUCAAAGGCAAAGCUUGCGAUUCCGCCAGCGAAUUUUGCUUCUUCGGCGAAACCCUAAAGCACGACGCCCCCGCCGCCGACGGCGAUACCGCCACCUCCUCCGCCUCCGCCGCCGGCCUCCGCAGCUUUUACUCCUCCGUGUUUCAAGAUUUAAUUGCCGAGGGCUUCUUGUGGCCGGACUCCAAUUGCAUCUGCAUCGAGACCCCAACGGGUCAGGACGUCGGGGCGUUGAUUGAUAUUGGAGUUACCAAUUCCAUCGGAAUUUCUAGGAAAGCAUCUCCGCCUUUGGUUCGGUAUGGUCUGGCUUCCCGUCACCCUUUCAGUACUAAUAACUUUGAUUUUGAGUUUUCCGGGCAUUCUGGUUUGGACAGGGCGGUUAAACCGGCGGAAUUUGCUUCGGAGGUUUCAAGAACGCUAAAACCAGGGGGAUUCUUUGUGGUCCACACCACGUCCAAAGAUGAGUACAGUUUCCAUUCCUUACUUCGGUUGUUCAGUUCUUUUGACUUGGUUCGAUCGCGUGAGAUCAAUGGGGUGGAUUCAUCAUUACCUUGGGUUCGUGAAAUUGUGUUGCAAAAACAGAAUGAACUAGCUGUUAAUAAAAGGAGAAACACUGAUGCUGUAGAUGGGAAAUUGAUGAACAAUAUGUGCAAUGAUGUGGAGUAUAAACAUGAAAUACUACGUAAUGCAGAGCCAUUGAUUGGGGAAGAACCAUUGAAACCCUGGCUAGCCUUGAAAAGGAACAUAAAGAAUGUCAAGUAUCUGUCUUCAAUGGUUGAUAUAAGGUUCAAGAACAGGUAUGUGUAUGUGGAUGUUGGAGCAAGAAGUUAUGGUUCAAGCAUUGGCAGCUGGUUCAAGAAGCAAUACCCGAAACAGAACAAGACAUUUGAGGUAUAUGCUAUUGAGGCUGAUAAGGCUUUUUAUGAUGAUUACAAGUCCAGAAAAGGGGUCAAGUUCUUACCUUAUGCAGCUUGGGUGAGGAAUGAGACCUUAUUCUUUGAGAUCAACCGGGAACCAAGUAAGAAGAACGAGGAGAGAGGGAGAGGGAUGGGUAGGAUUCAGGGCGUUCAGUCGUCGAGUAAUUUUGUUGGCAAUUCUGAUAAGAUCCAGGGGUUUGAUUUCGCAGCUUGGUUGAAGGAGACAGUCACAGAGAAGGAUUAUGUGCUUGUGAAAAUGGAUGUAGAAGGAACCGAGUUCCAUUUGAUCCCGAGGCUGAUUGAGACAGGCGCAAUCUGUUUGAUCGACGAGAUGUUUCUUGAAUGCCAUUACAACAGAUGGCAGAGGUGUUGCCCUGGGGUUAGGAGCCCUAAAUAUCAGAACACUUAUGAUCAGUGCUUGGACUUGUUUAAUUCCCUCAGGAAAAAUGGAGUUCUAGUGCACCAAUGGUGGUGACAGAUACACAGUAGCAUACCUGUGCGUCUGUCGAAACGCCUCUGUUCAUAUGCUCAUGCUACCAUCUUCUUGACUGUAAGUAGUGCUUAAUUAGGCAAAUGAAAGUCAGUACACAAUUUUGUUAAUCCUAGGAUUAUGAUAUAUAGUUUUGUAUUUUUGUUGAAUGCCUUCCAACAGAAAUUUUUAUAAAGGCUGAAAUAGU